AUGGACCGCAUCUGCCUCAGUGUGGCCAUGCUGCCCAUUGCAAAGGAGCUGGGGUGGAGUGCGGGCACCCAGGGCGUCAUCCAGUCGGCCUUCCUCUGGGGCUACCUGGCCACGCAGCUGCUGGGCGGCACACUGGCCGACCGAUACGGAGGCAAGCUAGUGAUGGGGGCGGGCAUCGCCUGGUUCUCUCUCGCCUCAGCGCUGCUGCCGGCCGUCGCCAUCACGCCCUGGACGGCGGCGGCGGGGCUGACGCUGCCGGCGGUGCUGGCCGCUCGCUUCCUGGUGGGCUUUGGCGAGGGCGUGGCCCUGCCAUCCAUGAACAACCUCAUCGCCCGCCACAUCGACCCAUCCAAGAAGGCGACAGCGCUGGGGGCCGUGUUCACAGGCUUCCACACAGGCAACCUGGUGGGCCUCCUGCUGUCGCCGCUCAUCCUGCAGCGCUUUGGCUGGCGGGCGCUGUUCUACCUCUUUGGGGUGGCCGGGGCGCCGCUGCUGCUGCUCUGGAUGCUGGUUGUGCCCGGCAGGGCGCCGGCAGGCGGCGGAGGAGGAGCCGGCGGCGCCGGCGGCAUUGGGCUGGGCCAACUGAUGAGCAAGCCCGCCACCUGGGCCAUCAUCGUCGCCAACUUUGUCAACCACUGGGGCUACUUCAUUUACCUCAACUGGAUGCCCACUUACUUCUACAGAGUGCUGGGCAUGGACCUGCGGGCCAGCAGCCUGAUGAGCUUUGUGCCCUGGGUGGUCAUGGCUGUGGGCAGCAGCGCGGCGGGCCUGCUGGCAGACGGACUGGUGCGGCGCGGCGUGCCGGUGCUGCGCGUGCGCAAGGGCAUCCAGACAGCGGCCUUCCUAGGCCCGGUGGUGGCGCUCAUGGCGCUGGCAAACCCCGCCAUCUCGCCGCCCCUGGCCCUGCUCUGCAUGACGGCAGCGCUGGGCAUCACUUCCCUGGGCCAGGCGGGCUUUGUGGCCAAUAUGAGCGACAUCGCGCCCCGCCACGCGGGCGUGCUGUUUGGCCUCUGCAACACCUUUGGCAGCCUGGCGGGUAUCCUGGGGGUGUCGGUCUGCGGCUUUGUGCUGGAGAGGACCGGCAGCUUCUCGCUCAUCUUCCAGGCCACCGCGGCGCUGUAUGUCCUUGGCACCAUUGUGUGGAAUGUCGCGUGCCGCGCCGACCGCCAGUUUUGA